CACCUAUAAUUUAUCUUGUCGACUCUUUACAGCUUUCCUGUGCCAAUUAUCAAUUUUUAUCGUACAAACGCAACGAAGAGACUUCCACCUGCUAUCUUACCAAUUUUAAUAAAGAACUGCCGGCAGACACGAAAAUGCCCACUCUACUAUCGCGCCUAAAGCGUCUACUGCAGGAUGUGGAAAUUCAGUCAAAAGCUCAUAUGCGAGAAAAAUUCUUAGCAGACCUGCGUUCAGCGCGUGAAACUUAUGGCGCCAAUGCUUCGAGGUUACAAAAGAUACUGCAUGAAAUGCGUAAGCGUUUGGAUGAUGUACAUGUGCUAUCCGGUGAGGUGGUGCAUAGUUUUAUGUGUUCAUUGCGUGACGUGCAAGAUUAUGAUGCGAUGGUGCGUUUGGUGAGCGAUCUACGAAAUAUACCGAACACCAGAAAAUACGUUGAGACCGGAAAUAUGAGUUUUCUCUACGCCUUCGCCUUAAAUCGACGUAACCGCAAGGGUGAUCGUGAGAAGGCGCUUGCUUCAUCGUUGAAGGCUUUAGAGAAAAAGGAAAAUGAGUUUCCCGAUAUGUUAUGUUUGUGUGGUCGCAUUUAUAAGGAUAUAUUUGUGGAGUCUGAUUAUGAGGACAAAGAUAGUUUGAAAAAUGCUAUAAAAUGGUAUCGUCAAAGUUUCGAAGUGCAACCUAAUGAGUAUGCGGGCAUUAAUUUAGCUACGUUGCUCGUAAUUGAUGGCAAGGAGUUCAGUAAUACAGAAGAGUUGCAAAAUAUUGGUAUUACCUUGAAUAAUUUGAUUGGCAAAAAAGGCAGCUUGUCGUCACUGACUGAGUAUUGGGAUGUGGCGACUUUCUUUGAAAUUUCAGUGCUCGCAGAGGAUUAUGCGAAAGCGAUACAGGCGGCAGAGUGUAUGUUUAAGUUGAAGCCACCUAAUUGGUAUCUAAAGUCAACGAUAGGCAAUAUUUUGUUGAUUCAUCGAUUUCGCAAGAAGCCCGAAGAUCACAUUUACUCUGUGGAAGAGCAAAUCUUUCAAUUUUGGAUGGAUUUUUUCAUGGUAGCCACCAAUACAGAGGAGAUCACCAGUGUACGCAUGCCGAUACUCAUUUUAGAACCACAAAAAAUCUAUAUGCCUAGUUAUGUCAACAUUAAUAUGGAUGCUGAUGAAAAAUCUAUACAAAUUAUUAAUAUUUGUUUGGCGCAUUCGAAGAACGCUUGCAAAAAAGUACAUGAUUUUGUGUUCACUGCUUCGCAAAUAAAGUCUGUGAGCUUGUAUAAGCGCGACGACCGUUGUGCCUACCUAUAUGUGCAUCACAAUUCAGACGAUUUUCAAAUUUAUUUUCCCUCUACGGAAUGUCGACAAAAAUUUUAUGAGUUAAUAUUGGAAAUGGCAUCGGACCAGGAGGUGUUUGUGAAUUUGGACGUCGAUGAAAUGCGACAAAUUGAGUACGAAUACGACUAUGAUGAUCAAAAUCGUAAAAUCAUCCUUGGCAAAGGCACCUACGGCACCGUCUAUGCAGCGCGCGACAAACAGACGCAAGUUCGUAUUGCCAUAAAAGAAGUGCCGGAGCGAAAUUCACAGGAUGUACAACCGUUGCAUGAAGAAAUCAAAUUACACUCCCAGCUACGUCACCGCAAUAUUGUGCAGUAUUUGGGCUCUGUCUCCGAGGAUGGAUUUUUCAAAAUUUUCAUGGAACAAGUGCCUGGUGGCUCCCUCUCAGAUCUACUUGAAAAGAAGUGGGGCCCACUCAAGGAUAACGAGUCCACUAUGGCUUUCUACUCGAAACAAAUACUCGAAGGUCUAAAAUAUCUGCAUGAACAGAAAAUUGUGCAUCGUGAUAUAAAGGGCGAUAAUGUAUUAGUGAAUACCUACAGUGGUGUGGUGAAAAUAUCAGACUUUGGUACAUCAAAACGUUUAGCUGGUAUUAAUCCCAUGACAGAGACCUUCACCGGCACCCUGCAAUAUAUGGCGCCUGAGGUGAUCGACCAAGGUUUUCGUGGUUAUGGACCCGCUGCCGAUAUAUGGUCAUUCGGUUGUACGAAUGUUGAAAUGGCAACGGGUAAACCGCCGUUUAUUGAGUUGGGUUGCGCGCAAGCAGCGAUGUUUAAAGUGGGCUAUUACAAAAAACAUCCAAAUAUACCAGAGGAAUUGUCGCCCAUGGCGAGAAAUUUCAUUUUACGCUGCUUUGCCAUUAGUGUGUUAGACCGACCGACAGCGGCGCAAUUGCUGGAUGAUCCCUUCUUGAAUGACAAACAUCGCAAAUUGCGUUUGAAUCCACCUUCUUCAUCGGAAUUUGGACGCAGCAUCUCAGUGCCUGCCGAUCGUUUAGUAAAUAAGUCUACCUUGCCUGCCCUCAUGAGUUCAAUCAGCGCUGGUACUUGCAAUACGCCUACCACGCCUGAGCUGGAAAUAACUCACUCGUCUUCCGUCGAUAUCGAUGAGCUGCCUAGCACACAGUUCGCACUGGAGCGUCGCAACUCAUCCGGUUUUCUACUGUCACCCGAAAUCGAGGCUUCCACACCAUCGCUGCGCACUAACCCCAGCGAAACCAGUGAAACCGAUGGCUUCUAUCGUUUGAAGAAAGAUUCGCAGCGUCGCACCACCUUGUCAAAGGUAUUGAAAAUGGAUGAGGAUAAAAUUUGUAACUUGUGGAUGGAUCGCAUACAAACGGAUCAUAAAAUCAGCGUGCUAAUAACAAAAGCUGAGUUGCAAACUCUAAUACGUGGGCUGCGCGAGUAUAUUGUUAACGAGAAGGAAAAGAAUUUAGAGGCUACCAUAAUGGGACUGAAGCAAAAGCUAAAUGACGACGUUGCCGUGGAUCAUUUACACUUGGCAUUGUAUGCUUUUCAAGAUGCUGUAGUCACAGUAUUGCGUUCACAUUUCAUCAAACCACAUUGGAUGUUCGCAUUGGAUAAUUUAGUAAAAAGUGCUGUACAGGCGGCCGUAACGAUCCUGUCUCCAGAGCUUGGCGCCAACUUAGCCGGUAAGGAACUAUCCUGCAAUGACGACGAAAGCGUACAUAAUCCGCAACAUACCUCAACUGAUAGCCAGGAAAAGAUUAUUGGAGAACAGACUAUAGUCACCGCAUUGAUUGAAGAGGAUGAUGGUAGCUUUUCACCGAGCGAAUGUGUGCGCAUUUUACGUGACAUGAAGGACAACGAUAAGCAAUUUCAACGUCAGCACUUGGAACAACAGAAGCAGCAGCUGAAGGCAUUACAAAAUAUAAGCAAAGAAUUGGCGCACAUCUAUUCAGGACGGCGUAGAGCGAGGCGCCCGUUUGCUACGCUUCAUCGGCGUCCCAACCGUUCAACUGCACAUAAACAACACAACUUCCAUCGCAAUUUAAACAAACGUACAUAUGGUAUUAGCGAAAUUGACGAGCAGCUGGCGCAGUGGCUCACCAACCAUGACAUUGACGAAUUUUCGCAGACUAUAAUACUUAAUGAAGGUUUCACUUAUGAAGAUUUUGUGUUCAAUAUGGAAAAAUUAGAUUUGAUGCGACUGGAGUUGAGAUUGGGCGUAGAAGUGCGUCUAUGGAAAUUGAUUACCCAAACUCGUGCGAGCAUGGAUGUUGUUGAUGCUGAGAGUUCCUGUAGUCAGCAGCAAAAAAAUACGCACAGUACUGAUAAUUCAGGUGCCUUAAAACGUAGUAAAACUACUGAUCAUAAUUAUAGAACUAAGUGUGGCGGCAGUGAGAAUAGCAGGAAAAGAAUUUUAAAUUCGCACACCGUUAAUAACAAUACCAGCGACAAUGACAAUACUAAUGCUAAUACAAGGCAAACUGAAAGCGAGUAUGACUCUUGCAGUGAAUAAAAUGAAAACCCCGUUCUGUAUUGUUUUUUGAGUACAAUAGUCAUAAAUGUGUUGUCAUUGUUGUUGUUCUUGAUAUUAUUCUUUUUAAAAAUCCGCACAUGCAUAUAAAAAAGAAAGUUAAGCUACUAACCUCUCGCAAAUCGCAUAAACUAUCAAAAGUAAAAAAAUAAGAAAAAAAAAACAAAAUACUUAUUUUCUUAUGUUAUAAAGCUAAAAGUUUGAAUU